GUGGACAGGAGAGUAUUGCAAACAGUAGAGUAUUGCAAACAGGAGAGUAUUGCAAACGCUCCCAUCGUGACCUGAGAUUGACAACCAGCGAAUCGUCAAGAAGCAGAUGUGAGAUGAGCUCACUGUGGCUGCCACUUCUACUAAGCUCAGUCAUAUGGGCAGAGGAGGAUUAUUUUCAUAUUUCCCCCAAUGCCACAUGGGACAACUACACUUUCCCUGACCGAAAUACCACAUGGGAUGAGGCCAGGGACCACUGCCAGAAAUGUUUCAAAGAACUGACGACCAUCACCAGUAGAAACGUCCACCUCAUUGUGCAGGAGGACGCCUCUUUGGACUACUGGAUCGGGCUGCGCAGAAGUUACAAUGGCACCGUCUCAUGGUCCAAAUGGUCCAAUGGGAAACCCGUUACUUAUCAGAAUUGGUACCCUGGUCAUCCUGUGCCAAAUAAAGAAAAGAAAAUGAUUCCUAGAUGUUUCUCAACUACAGAAACUCCACCGAGCACCUUAAUAACUACUACAACACAAACCUCUCCAGAAACCUCUCCAGUAACUACUCUGGUAACCUCUCCAGAAACCUCUCCAGAAACCUCUCCAGUAACCUCUACAGUAACUACUCUGGUAACCUCUCCAGAAACCUCUCCAGUAACUACUCUGAUAACCUCUCCAGAAACCUCUCCAGAAACCUCUACAGUAACUACUCUGUUAACCUCUCCAAAAACCUCUCCAGAAACCUUUACAGUAACUACUCUGGUAACCUUUCCAGAAACCUCUCCAGAAACCUCUCCAGUAACCUCUACAGUAACCUCUACAGUAACCUCUACAGUAACCUCUCCAGAAAUCUCUCCAGAGACAUUUCCAGAAACAUCUCCAGAGACAUCUCCUCCUAACACACCAGAAGAUACAUGUCCUAUACUGACUGGAAUCCUCGAUUGCUUAAAUAUAACAUAUUAUGAUCUUGAAGAUGUAGUGCAAAAUUGCACAUGUGUGAAACCCCAGAUUGUCACCCCUAAGACCACAACAGAUUGCACCACCCCUCAUGCCACCACAUUUAGCACCAUCUUUAGUACCACAACAUCUGGCACCACAACAGAGAGCACCACGUCAGAAAGCACCACAUCAGAGAGCACCACGACAGAAAGCACUACAUUAGAAAGCACCACAUUAGAAAGCACCACAUUAGAAAGCACCACGACAGAAAGCACCAUGACAGAAAGCACCAUGUCAGAGAGCACCACGACAGAGAGCACCACAGCCAGCAACUGCAUCUUCGAACCCGAGCCAGAUCCUGACGUGUACAUCGAGGAUGCUUGCGUGGUCCUGCUCAGCUAUGGCAUGUGGAAAGAAAUAAAUUGCAAUGAAAGUCAAUACUUCAUCUGUUAUGAUGGUAAGGCCUUUGUUUUAGAGCACAUCAUAUUGUUCAAUUUAUAUUGUUGGCCCUCUUGCUCUCUUCAAAUAAAGGUACCAAAAGUGGAGCACUUUAUUGGUGAAAUAUCCAUUACCAAUGUGACAACAAGAGCGGGCGAACUGAGCUGGAGUGAGGCACCUGGUAACAUUACUCACUACAGAGUGAUAGUCACUGGGAACCAGAAAAACCAGACGCUGAUCUGGAGAAAGGCACCUGGAAACAACACUGACUCCACAGUGGAAAUCACUGGGAACCAGUCACUGAGCUCGAGUGAGGCACCUGGAAGCACCACUUACUCCACAGUGGGAAUCACUGGGAUCCAGACACUGAACUCGAGUGUGGCACCUGGAAACACCACUGACUCCACAGUGAGAAUCACUGGGAACCCAACAAACCAGACAUUUAAUAAUAAAACUUGGUUGUAUAUAGACAUAGAGAAUCUGACACCAGGAAAUCUGUACAGUGUUCAGGUGAUUCCUGUGAAAUGUGGCAGGGAUCUCAAUCCGCAGAAUAUCUCCUUCUAUACCAUACCCUCUAGUGUGGAAAAUCUGACAGUAGUGAACGUGACAACUUAUACUGUCAGCCUCAAAUGGAGUAAACCAGAAGGAAACUAUGCAUUCUAUAAAGUAGCUGUAACAAACAUGCCGGAUCAUAAAUGUCCAAGUGAAGAGUGCACUAUUACAGGUCUAACUCCAGGAAACAAGUAUGAAUUCAUAGUCAGAGCUACAGUGAACGAGACUACUUAUGGUGUGCCAAACAACGUUUCUAAUUACACUAAGCCUUCAAAGGUUGUAAACCUAACAUCAUUAAAUGAUAACAACACAGUCAUUACAGCCUCUUGGGAGCAACCUCUUGGUAACCAUUCAGGGUACCGCUUUUGUCUUUAUGAAGGCAGUGACUGUACUACCUGUGAGAAUGCAACAAACUGCAGCAAUACAACAAGCAAAUCAAUACAAGAGGCUGAUAAAACAGAUGGCACCAAGUAUUGCCUGUGUGUGGCAGCACUAACAAACAAUGACACCCUACAAGGAGAAAUGGUUGGAAUCCCAGCAUACACACUCCCAAAUACUGUGGACCUCUCUUUGGACCCCAAAAGUGAUCGCAUAGAAGCCAGCUGGACAUUAGUAGCAGGGCAUUAUCAAAAAUUCAUUGUGACAAUUGAAACAACUUCUUUCUCUUAUAACAAAACUAACAGUACUAAGAGCUUUAGUUAUACUUUCCUCGGCCUGAAGGCAGGAGUGGAGUACAAAGUUACAGUUAUCACUGUUAAUGGUGACUUGACAAGUACCCCUGCUACAAAAUCAAUUUACACCUUCCCGACUAGUCCUAGUUGGGUAAAUGCUACUUCUGACAAAACCACCAUAUAUGUACAAUGGGGAGCUCCAAAGGAGUCAACAGGAGCCACGAUUGAGUAUAAGGUGGACUAUCGUGCUGCCUUUUGGAACAUAAAUGUUACAAAUUUUACAAACUCUACAAGCAUCACCUAUAAAAAUUUAAAUCCAGGAACAAGAUAUGACUUUAAUGUCAGAGUUGUGACCGAUCGUAAUAUGAGUUUGCCAGUCAGUACAUAUGCAAAAACAGAGCCUGAGAAGAGGACACUGAUCCUCACAAUGUUGUGCUCCUCUCAAACGCCACUUCAGUGUGAAAGUAAUGUUACUCAGACUGAUCUAUUAAAAGAGCUGAACGAAACAUUUUAUAAGAAAUUUGAAGACUCGGUCCACUGGAAGCUGAAGUGGGUGGAGAGGAAGGUGAACAAUCCUUAAAACAAACGCUGGGUUUAUAAAAACAGAUGGAUAUAGAAGCAGUCAACAUUUAUUGUGAUUCAUUUCUUAUCAAAUAUUUGUAUGAUUUCUAUUUAACGCCGACUCUCUGACCUUUGAAUCCCUAUGGAUACGAUCAUUACGUCAUAAAAACAUACUGAAUGUUUUUACAUCAACUCAUCAAGAUCAUUUCAGCUAAUUUUUUGUAUGCCAUACAAGAUUCUGCUCCAUUUUAAGAUUAUAUUAAAAAAUUUCAGGCAGCAAGUUGACACUAUUUUUUUUUACAGUAGCUAACAUGAAAAAAAUAUUACUGAAAAAAAUAUUACUGAAAUGUUGUGUGAUUUGUUUUGUUUUCUGAUCGUGAUUUUGGAUUUUGUUCUUUAGCAGACACUUUUAAGCUUUUCUUGAAAGAUGCUCUCAGUAGUUUGGGUUCUCAUUGGUUUUCAAUUGCAUUUUUUUUUCUUUUCACAAAAUGCAGUCCUGUACACUGUGAAUAUUGUGGUGUGAUGAUAAUUUACUGUAGUCGAGGGAGAUAUAAUUCAUUUGUGUAACACUGUAACAUGUAAUCAUUUUUGUCAGUGACAUUUGUUAUAGCUGCAUGUGAAUUGCAGUUUUAAUUUUUAUGGUGGAAUUUUUACUGUUACUAUUUUAGAUUUUUUCGGGGAUUGGUUUCAUUAUAAAUAAA